CCACUCUGUGCACUUUUCCUUCAGUCUUUCUUAUUUAUUUAUUUCUUAAACCACGGUUGUUGGGUUUUCUGCGCGAUUCGAUCAUACUAAGUAAAAAGAAAAGUGGUGUAAUUAUUUAGGCGUACAUCGAAAAGUCCGUGGCUCCGUGUGGCCUCAGUUAUGACUGACUUAUCGACUAAUAUUUGUUUUGAUGCAUUAUCUGUGCUAAAUGGCAGUGUUCAAUUGGUGGAAAAUGUGUGCAGCAUUUGUGGAGCCUCACACUACACCCAGAAUUGUCCAGAGUUUGCCAAAGGAGACCAUAUCAAAGAUAAGCCUUCACUUAACCUCUCAAGGUCAUCGGUUCCUAAUGGGCUGCUGAUAAUGGACGGGGCUGGCCCCGAUGGAACCAGCUGUGUCGUGACGUCACAAAAGUUCGCCAAAGGAACACGUUUCGGGCCGCUGCUAGCACAGAAAUCCUACGUACCGAUCAAGAACAUCCCCUUUCCGUUGGUGCUAUUCGCGGCACCGUUCUACUAUGGCAACGAGUUCGAUUUCGAGCUGCAGACCCUGUUCAACGGGCGAGAUGUCUAUCUGGACACCAGGAACGAGAACAAGUGCAACUGGAUGAUCCACGUUAGUUUGGCGCGGUUUUCCAACGAGCAGAAUCUAAUCUGCUAUCAGGAAAAUGACGAGAUUUACUACACAGCCAUAAAGGACAUUGAACUGGGCGACAUUCUGCGGGUUUGGUACUCUCGAAACUAUGCGGCCAAAAUCGGCACCACCCUGCUGGAACCGAGCCCGUAUGACAUCUGUAACAAUAUACUCCGCUCGGUGAGCCUAGAUUAUGGCCUCAAUCUAGACCAGAACCAAAACUAUGUGGAUAGUUUCACGUCCACCGCAGGUGCACAUCAUCAUCAUCUUCAUCAUCAGCAGCCACAUCUUUCAUCAUCAUCAACUGCUGCUACUGCUGCACUGAUGGUAGGUGGAAGCGAUAUGAACAACAAUAGCCACCUGGUGGGAGCGGUUCCUUCCGGAGAGGUAGCUUCCAGCUACGAUAAGAUUUCCUUGCCACCGAUUGAUAGCUUGAUGAAAACGUCAUCGCCGAAGUACAUCAAUCACUACCACAUGUUCGAUCUCGAUUUGAUCGCCCAGCAGAGCGCGCCUGCGCAGUCGCAGGUGUGCGACGAUUACGCUCAAUUUAGUGCACCUUCGCAAAUGCAUCAUUCUAGUCAGCACCAUCAACAUCAGUCACCGUCACAAGCACAAAUGCAGCACCAUCAAGCGGCAGACCUGCACCAACAGCAAAUUGUAAAUUCGUCAUACUCCGCUGCCGCUUAUCAGACGCUACCGGAGGACACUCUUAGCCCGGCUGAUUUGAUUAACAUUUCGCUGGGUGCCAGCGACAUGAACAUCUCGUUCGACUCGUUCAGCACCGGCAAUCUGAUGGGCUACGAUGGCGGCAGCAGCAGUGGCAGCAAUCUGGGUGAUUCCGGUAUCAGUGUUAGUGGUGGCGGUCAGGCUAUGGACAAACUGCACAGCCGGUACUCAUCGUCGACGGAUUCGUUGGUUACGUUGAACGACGCCUUGGGUAUGGUUCCGGCAACACCGGCACCGUCUACGUCCAGCGCACUGGUAACUGCAGCCACGGUCACUGCUGAUCCCGAAGCGGAUAAGAAAUAUCCCUGUGAGAUUUGUCUGCGAAAGUACAUGACCAAAUCGAAUCUGGACAAACAUAUGAGAAAGCACAAUAUGUUUUUGUGUGUUUUCUGCAUGAAGCUUUUCCAACUGGCUGAGGAGCUAAAAGAUCAUGAGUGUACUGAAAGGAAAUCGAAAACGGCUUAUCUGCACUGUCCUAAGUGUUUGAAGGUUCUCUCCAACUCGUGGUCACUUCAGCGGCACAUGAAAAUCCACAAGGACCCAAACGAAUCGGUGCUGGGAGUAACUGAAGAAUCCGCCGACAAACUGCUGGUGGAACCAAAAGAACCGCCGAUAAUUUUUGAUGACAUCGAAACUACCGCGUUGGAUGAACUGAAACCUAGUAUCGAGUCGCUUCAAGUGAGCAAUGAACCACUAAUGCUGGCUGUCGACGAAACUAGUGAUAUUAUAAUAGAGUCUGAACAGCCUCUGCGGUCCCAGGAGAUGGACAUUGAGCAGGAGAUUGAGUCUAUGCAGUCACAAUCGCAGCCACAGCAACAGCACCUCCCGCCGAUGGUUAUCCAAUCGAUAACGAAUCUUCCAACCCCAGCAAUUCCGAUAACAAACACCUGCUCAAGCCAGGAAAUGAUAACCGAUGUUCAGGCAGCUAACGGAAAGCAACUUUACAAGUGUAUCGUUUGCGCUAAACUGUUCAAAAACCCCAAUGCAUUGGAGAAGCAUUUGAGAAAAGUUCAUACCGUCUACACGGUAUCCAACGAUUACAAAUCCGAGAAAAAAGUUAUAACACAAAUCAGUCAGAAGAAAACUUCACCCAUCAAACCAGCGAUCGCCAAAGCCCUAGCAACGAAGCUCACUCAAAAGAAUAAGAAAAUCGAAGCCAACGCUGCUGCCGGUGUGAGCGCCGAGCCAAAUCCCAGCGUGCCCGUUGUGGUACCGGAACAGCCGAUUCACGUGCCUCGGCAGUACAACAAAAAGAAACAUUUAAAUAAAACGAUAACCUCGACAUUAGCUCCACCGGGAUCGAGCAUGCAGGUAGCCCAGGCGACAGCUCCCACCACCAUCGUUUCCGGCAGUCCACCAUCGACUGCUUCCAACAAGUCCCACAGCAUAAUCAUAAUCUCCAAUCUUGAGCUGACCAACAACAACCUUAUCGAUACUAGUCAACUGUUUUUGAAUCAGAACAGUAACGCUCUAGGCAAUAAGAUAGAUCUUAAAGUAUUAAAUUCGACCGACAAGUUACCGAAGUUGGUACCAAUUUCUAAUCAUGGCUCACACGCGCACCUUUCACAUCAGCAGUCCCAAUCGGGAACCGGUCUGCUUCCUACGACUAUUGUCCCGGCGCCAACGCAAGCGAUUCCAACCAGCCAGUUCCAGAAUGUGGCAAUCAGCUCCCUGCAGUCGGCACCGUCGAGCAUAAACGGUUCCCCCAACGGUGGUGGUACACUGCUCGACAGAAUAGCAUCAUCCAGCCAGCACAACCUGAGCACCAUCAUCGAAACCAGUGGAAUCGUAGAUGAAUCCAGCAGCCAACUUAUCGCCGAAUCUCCGGUUAACGGUGAACCACAUCUGUUGACUCUCUCCCCGAUUAAGAUUACCGGCCACGGUAGCCAGGAGCAGGGGGAUCGAGUGACCGAAGCAACCAAUACCAGUUUCGUAAGCCCGGAUGAGCUCUCUGCGGAUGCUAACGAUAGUAACCAGUGCGAUGGCGAUAGCGAUAGCGCGCAACUAACCCCGACCAGCUAUCCGUGCGAUGAAUGCGAUAAGGUUUUCCCGAAGAACUAUCAACUGAAACGCCACAUGGAAAUUCACGAUAGCACCUACUACAUGUGCCCCUACUGUGACCGGUCACCGUUGAAGGCGAAAACGUCGGUACGCAAGCACCUGAACACGGUCCAUCCGGAGCGAGCCCCUGCGAAGGAAGAAAUGAAUAAGUUUAUCGCCACGCUGGUCGUUAAAGAUGAGAAAAUACUACAAGAACUCUACGCAAAGCACGAGCGUAAAAUUCGAAACAAAUGCGCCAAACUACAGGCAAAACAACUUCAGCAGCAGCAGCAACAGGCCGUUGCCGUUCGAGUGAUUCAGCAGGAAGCGUCGAUCGAGCUAACUGGCGCAACUGUAACCCCGGAGGAGAUGCUCAAUUCCUAUCAAAGUGACUCCUGUGGAGAUGAGCAUGAUGCAACGGUCGAAGGCAGUGAACGGAGGUGCAUUAACAACGGUGGUAGUGAGAUAAGAAACGAAGAACCUAGCAGCACUUUGAAGCGGAAACCCAUUGCCGACGAAGUGGUCGGUGUGUCCAUAACGGAAAGGCGGAAUCAUUCUACCGGAGGAGACGUCGGUAAGAAAAUGAGACUCGUUGACGCAAAUGGGCACGAAGUGCGCUACCUGUCGUCGUCCGUUGCCAGCAACAAUGGUGCGUUGAAGUAUAUGAGAAAGAAGUUGAUUGGAUUGGGCGAGGGCAGCAGCAGCAGUAGCAGUAACAGCAGCGGCCAUCCGAUGCAUCCACCCCCGGGUGGAAGCGGCACGCACGGUGCCGCUAGCACGGCGGACAAUCAAAUGAUACUGGACAAUCUAUUCGAUAACAUAUCGAUUGAGAACUACGAGUUCGAUGACAACACCUCGAUUCAGUCGUACAAUCUGAUCGAGGAACGGUUCAAAACGUCGUUCGAUCAGAUCCAGGAGAAGCUGGACGCCGAACUGUCGUUCGACGAGGAGCAGCUCAAGUGGCAAAACAAUCUGAUGGCCAACGAUUCGUCGAACGAAAUCGGCGACAAGCUACUGAAUGUCGAAGAGAACAUCAUGCUUAUCUAAGGUACGGAGAAAGAGAGAGAGCAACGAGAGGAUAAUGGACUAUGGACUUCCUAAGAAGGGGGGUUGGCUAGGGUACGCUUGAAGGAUGCAUGGUGGUUAGAUGUCGUUUUCGUUCUUCAUUCGUUCUUCUGCAUAUUUAUUUGCUGUAUAGAAUAAUUUUUUUCCUUUAGUGGUUAAGUGUAACAAUCAAAUGCUUUUCUGUUCCGUUUUUUCGGCUUUUCGUUUAUUUUACUAUAGCUCUAUUUAUUACGUGCAGUACCAUUCUUGCAGUACAUUUCUAGUACCAUUGUGUGUUUGUAUACAAGUAUGCAAAAAAAGGCUCGUUUAUUGCAAUAUCAAGUGGCAAUAUUACCAAAGUAUGCAGAAAACAGCAAGCACAAAAAGCUAUAAGAUAAGUGUAACGAUGUGUUAUUCAUACUGAGUAAUCUCUACGAGUUGAACUGGCCACCCUGCACUCAUCUAGGUAAAAGCGAGAACUACUACUUGCACGCGACACGAAGCGGUCGGUAUGAGGCUUGAUAGAAAUAGGUUAUUCUAGAGUAGACAAUCGGACGGUGCGCACGAACUCUCGUAACAAAAGCAACGCGACGGACUUUUACAAUGGCGACGAGUAGAAGAAUCGGUAAGGAAUUUAUACUAAAUAAAGUGUUCUGUGAGCAAAGUGCGAAGAAUACCGUGAAAUUAUUAUUCCUUGUGAUUUAAUAAAGAGUGAAUCAAUUACGUAAGGCCGGUUUAUGUGAAAAUGAACAAUAGAUGUGAUUUUUUUUGUGUGGCUGUAAAACAAAAUGGGGGGAAUUAAUGAGCGUCAAUUGAAAAGCUGAAGAGUGUCGCGGUCGGCGAAGAAUGUGGAAGGCGUUUUUUUUGUGUAUGCGGGUAUUAAUAUACCACUGUGAUGGACUGUAUGCGAUAGUGAUGGGUAUAUCGUAUAUGCGAGUAAUUGUUCGGAGUGCUGCGUCUGCUGAUGAGUACAAGAGAGGUGUAUAUAGUUUGUGUGCUAGAUAAUGUUAAGUUUGAGGCU